CGUGCCGCUGAGCAAGGCACUGACUGAUCGACAGCUGAGCAGGUUUUUCUCCGCAAAAUAACCCAAAAAAUCUAACACGGAUCAUUUCUCCAUGAAGACUACAGUCAUGCCCUGCAGGUCUGCAGCCCUGUCUCUCUUUUUCAUCCUCUUCCUCAGAGUUCGGAGCAUCAGCUUGAAUCACGCUCGGUCCUUCUCUCGGCUGCCUUUUGAUCUUCCAGAGAUUGAUGGUUCUGCUGUGGACCCCUGCAGGUUUUUCUCUGAUCCCAAAUCCACCACUGCCACAGCUGCAACUACAACUGCAACUACAACAACAACAACUGCAACCACAACCACACUCGUCACCAGGAAGCAGGUGGUGGUCACAACCAAAAAGCCAACCGUCCAAUCACCACCAAGGAAACCAGACACCAAACACACCAGAACACCAAUCAGGCCACAGCCAGCUCCAGCAGGACCAAUCACUGACAGCCACUCCAACUCUAUUAACAGCCUCCUCUACUACCUGCUGGCCAAUAGCAGACAACAUGCAGCUGGUCCUCUCCCAGGGUUCAACAGUUUUAUCUCUCAGCCAAUAGGAGGGCCGCCUCACAGAGGUUACAGUACGUCAGAAAGCGAUGAAUUAGCUGCAACGUUGCUGAAAAGAGUUGGUAGAAGGGAGGAGAAAAGAUGGGAAACGGGUUCAUCAGAGGACUCAAGUGACGAGUCUUGAAAUGAUGGAUUUUGAUCUUUAUGGCGUUUUUAAAAGCUAAGUGAUAGAAAGACGGAGACUGGCACCUGCUGCUGUUCUCUGAAAAGGUUUUUCCUUUAAAAACAUGACAAAUCCCGAGAUUAUCAUAAAAAUAUAGCAGCCAGUGAAAGUUUUGCAUGAAUUUGUAUGUUGUUGUUCCUGCCGCCAUAAACGAAACCAGCUUCAUUCAUGUAAUACGCACGUGAGACGCCUGUAAUGUGCUGUUGAACAAAGGAAUGGCCUGUUCGCUGCUUUAUGAAGGUGUAACAUGAUAAACCAAAGCUGGAAUACUCUGAUUAACUG